AUGAGAGUACCACUCGAAUAUUAUAAUUUAACCACAUUGAAGGUCAUUCUAUACGAUAUUUAUUGGAGGAAAUACGACAGAAUCAAAGGAAAGAAAUCUACACUGACACAUGGAAAGAUAGAUCCGUAUCUAGGAACCACCAGUCAAACUCACGAACCAAAUAAGAAACGUCGUACUAUGGAUCUUACUUUACUGGAAGAUGGUGAUGUUGAUACAACAGCAGUCUAUGUAAAUGUCUACAUCAAUAAUACAUUAAUCUCGGCAAUACUAGAUACCGGUGCCGCGAGGACAUGUAUGGCCGCAAGUUUAGCUACUAAAUUAAACUUAGCAAUUGAUGCCCCUUCGGAUAGCGUAUUUACUAUGGGAAAUGGAGUUAAGCAACCUGCUCUUGGACUAAUUUAUGAUGUUCCACUCAAUAUCGGUGGGUUAGCCAUUAUUCCAGGAACGGUGGAAGUUUUACCCAUUUGUCCCUCACAUCUAAUUAUUGGUACCAGUUGGCUGAAUAGAGCAAAGGCUAGAAUCAACAUGGAGAAAAAGCUUGUAGCUGUAAGUUAUAAGACACAGAAAGCUGAAGUUCCCAUUGCUUAUUACAGAAGAAGUGCACAAGACGAAGCACCUUUAAUUAUUUCUUCCGUACCUACCAUGUACACCUCCGAAUACUCUGAUCCAAAUAUGAUAACAGGUCAAGCGAAACCGACCUCAAAUGUUUACUUCGAUGAUACCGAUACCUCUUCUGAAGAAUCUUCCACAGAAGAAGAUUUUAUUGAAAAUGAUGAUAUCUCAAGUAGUGAGGACGAAGAUCUAAAUGUAACACAGCUAUUGUCAAUCACACGAGACAGCCCUCAAAUCAACAUUGUAACACAUGAUAACGAAGAAGAGUUUCGUUACGCGAUACAUAUGGAUUCACAGGAAGACGUCAACAUCGAACCGAGGAGCAUACUUUCCAUACCGCUCUCACCCUACUCACAAUUCGAUAACAUUGAAGAUUAUCGAUACCGUAUGACUUUCUUUGCUAAUUAUCAAGUAAACCUCAACCGAAACCAAGACAGUCAAAUCAAAAUCAAAAUUAUUGAUAAUGAGGAGAAAUUACUGCUACAAAUACAUAAUGAUACCGAUGAUGAUAUCAUGGUGGACCAUGAUUUAUUUUUGGGGGAGGUGAACGCAUUCCCACUUUAUAAAGAUGAUGAAAGCUGCGAAUUCUACACUAUGAAUUGCGACGACACAACUACCAUACACCAAUUACUAUCAUGCAGCAUUAACUCAGAAGAUAAAGAGACAUCAUUGAACGAACUAGAUAUAGAUCUGCAGUCACUUAUAGACAUCACUGACACACCAGAAUCAAUCAAGACUCGAUUCCUAAUCUUAUUGAACAAAUACAAACAUAUCUUCGACUGGCAUAACGAUUCAAUUGGCCAUUCUGAUUUAAUGGAGUAUGAUAUUAAACUGAAACCCGAUGCUGUCCCGUAUCGUGCUAAACCUUACCGACUAUCACCACUGGAAUCCGAAUAUCUACAAAAAGAAAUCGACAAAUUCCUACGACUUGGUAUCAUCAGGAAAAGCUAA